AUGGCCAGCGCCUGGAUUCACCUCGCGAAAGACCUUGGCGUCGCGAUAAAGUGGUGGUCUCCAAACCAGGACGACCCAGAUGACCCGCGCCUGAGUGUUGAGACUCUAAAACGACUAAUGACGCCCAAAACUCGCAUAGUGACCUGCAACCACGUGUCCAACGUCAUCGGAAGCAUCCAUCCUAUCCGGGAAGUCGCCCGUGUUGUCCACGAAGCCCCAGGCUGCAUGCUCAUCGUGGACGGGGUGGCGUGCAUACCACACCGGCCUGUCGACGUCAAGGCCCUCGACGUCGACUUUUACUGCUUCAGUUGGUACAAGGUAUUUGGGCCGCACUUUGCGACCCUGUAUGGCAGCCGCUCGGCGCAGGACCGGUACAUGACCAGCCUAAACCACUUCUUCAUCCCUACCAGCUCGCUCGAAGGCAAGCUGGCCCUAGGCAUGCAUUCGUUUGAGAUGCAGAGCAUGUGCGGCCCCAUCGUUCGCUACUUGCAGGAUGCGGUCGGGUGGGAGACCGUAGUGAGGCAGGAAACCCUCCUGACCAAAAUUGUGCUCGACCACCUCCUCGGCAAGCCCACCACGUACCGUGUUUUUGGGAGGCAGACGUCAGACCCGACGCAGCGCGUGUCCAUCAUUACGUUUGAAGUCCGCGGCCAGCAAUCGGGCAACGUGGUUUCGCGCAUCAACUCGAGAAAUCGAGUCCGCCUCAUUGCGGGCGAGUGUCUCGCGCCUCGACCGACGCGAGACGUUCUAAGACCAGACAGCCGCGACGGAUUGAUCCGCAUUAGCAUUGUUCACUACAAUACUAUUGAAGAGGUCAAGACCGUUUGUCAUGAGCUUGACACAGUCGUCAACCAGAUCCAGUCUGAGGACCGACAGUAG